AUCCUAAAUAAUUUAUAAUAAAUCUUAGUUUUCAAUAGCAAUAUUAAUUUUUGAACUGACUUUAUUCAGCAAAAUUCAUUCACAUGUUCCUGAUCUGAUUCAAAUUUUCAGCAAAACUAACCAAACUAAAAAUGGUGGAUUCAUUAUCAUCUCCAGCACCAAGAUCCGCAACGGACCUUUUCUCGGAUCCACUGGACAGCCACCCGCUUUGGUUCAAGCCAAAUCUCUUCCUGUCUCCUACAUUCGACUCCGAAUCAUACAUCUCGGAGCUCCGAACCUUUGUCCCUUUCGAUACACUCCGUUCCGAGCUCCAGGCACAUCUUUCCUCCCUCAAUCACGAACUAAUCGAUCUAAUUAACCGCGAUUAUGCCGAUUUUGUUAAUCUCAGUACUAAGCUUGUUGACGUGGACGCUGCCGUGGUUCGAAUGCGGGCCCCGCUGUUGGAGCUACGCGAAAAGAUCGAGGGGUUUAGAGGCAGCGUUGAAGGUUCGCUUGUGGCUUUGAGGAAUGGACUGCAACAGAGAUCGGAGGCUGCUUCUGCUAGAGAGAUUUUGGAGUUGUUGUUGGAUACGUUUCAUGUCGUUUCUAAGGUUGAGAAACUUAUAAAGGAGCUACCAAGUUUACCUGCUGACUGGUCAAAUGGAGAUGUCAAUUCAACUGUAAAGAAUGCUAUGAGUAAUGGCAUUUCCUUACAAUCUAUUGAGAAUGGAACAAAUUUGAGAGAGACUCAAAGCAUGCUUUUAGAGAGAAUUGCCAGUGAGAUGAAUCGGCUUAAAUUCUAUAUGGCUCAUUCACAGAAUCUUCCUUUCAUUGAGAACAUGGAGAAGAGGAUUCAAAGUGCAAGCCUUUUAUUGGAUGCAAGUUUGGGACAUUGUUUUGUUGAUGGACUGGAACACCGUGAUGAAAAUGCAAUAUACAAUUGCUUACGUGCAUAUGCUGCCAUUGAUAAUACCAAUAGUGCAGAAGAGAUUUUCCGCACAACUAUUGUUGCUCCACUAAUACAUAAAAUUAUUCCACAUGGACCAUCAGGAACGGUUGCUGGGGUAUCUGGGGAUGGACUUGAAAAUGAUUAUUACCAAAUCAAGCAAUGCAUUGAGAAAGAUUGCAAAUUCCUUUUGGAGAUAUCUUCCGCUGAGAAUUCGGGUCUUCAUGCAUUUGACUUCCUAGCCAACUCAAUCCUGAAAGAGGUUCUCUCAGCAAUUCAAAAGGGAAAGCCAGGUGCUUUUUCCCCUGGAAGACCUACUGAAUUUUUGAUGAAUUACAAAUCAAGCCUGGAUUUCUUGGCUCAUCUUGAAGGCUAUUGUCCAUCCAGAUCUGCUGUCGCUAAGUUUCGAACAGAAGUUGUUUAUGUCGAGUUCAUGAAACAGUGGAAUGUUGGGGUUUAUUUCUCCUUAAGAUUUCAGGAAAUAGCAGGAGCAUUGGAUUCUGCACUGUCAGCAACUAGUCUUGUCCCAGUUGAGAAUUUACAUUCUGGUCAAACAAAUUUGCAAGACCUAACGUUAAAACAAAGUGCCACUCUCUUAGAGAGCUUGAAGUCUUGUUGGAGAGAAGAUGUUCUCAUCCUCUCGUGCUCCGACAAGUUUCUUCGCUUGUCCUUACAGCUUCUUGCUAGAUAUUCAAACUGGUUAUCAUCUGGAAUCGCUGCACGGAAAAUGGGUAAUUUAGGUUCCAACACUGUAUAUGAAUGGGCUAUUUCAGCUGUGCCUGAUGAUUUUGUUUAUAUUAUUCACGACUUAACUUGUCUGGCUACGGUGGUAUGUGGAGACUACCUUGAUCACAUACUUCAGCUUCUGUCUCCGUCUUCAGCAGACGUUCUUGAUCUAGUAAAACAAAGCAUUUUGCAAAGUGGAAAGUCAUUAAAUGAUUUAGCACCUCUUGCUAUCAAUGCAAUCAUUGAGACGCUAGUCAAUAGGGCUGUGGAGGACUUGAGACAGGUGAAGGGAAUAUCUGCAACAUACAGGAUGACUAAUAAGCCUCUUCCUGUGAGGCAUUCACCUUAUGUCUCAGGGGUGUUACAUCCUUUAAAGGCUUUUCUGGAUGGAGAGCGAGCCAUUACAUAUUUAACUAAAGAAACUAGGAAGGAAUUACUGGUUGGUGCAGCAACAGAACUUACUAGUCGUUAUUACGAAUUAGCUGCUGAAACUGUCAGCGUGGCUAGGAAAACUGAAGUUUCGCUCCUGAGAAUACGGCAGGGUGCCCAAAGACGAGGUGGAGCAAGCUCAGAUGUCUCAGACCAGAGUGUUACUAACUCUGACAAGAUAUGCAUGCAAUUGUUCCUUGAUAUCCAGGAGUAUGGACGUAGCCUUGCAGCCCUUGGUGUUGAGGCAGCUGAUAUUCCCGCAUAUUAUUCUUUGUGGCAAUGUGUUGCUCCUCCAGAUAGACAGAAUGUGAUUAGUUUCUGAAUGAGCAUUACCUGGAGAAAGUUUGUAGAUGCGAUUUAUCUAUGUCUGACAACAAAAUGAUUGGCGGAGGGGAGAAGGUCUGGCCAUCAAAUAUUUUGGGAGAGCCUUCAACAGCCGUGUUUGUCCAAAUAAAGCUGGGACAGUGAUGAAUGGGGUGAUACAAUUAGCAGAGACACCUGAUCAGGUAUAUAUACGAAUUAGGGGCGAUACUGAAGGUGAGGGCCAACAUUGAAUUGUUCAAUGAAAUACGCCUGGAAUUAGAAAAGAAGGAAAUGAUAUUGAUGAUAUUGUAACCAUGGGGGCUUAAGAAAUGGUCAUGUGGUGUAAGAUCAUUCGAGUAUUGUAUUUGUGGAGGAUGUUUUCUUUUCUUUGCUUCUAUUUAUUAUUUUUGUUACAUUUAGAAAAGUUUGAUGUACUGCUAGGUUGCUGGUCUAAUUUAUAUAAGAUCCAAAAAGCGGUUCUUGCCAAGUCA